UUUAUUUACCUAUAUCUUCCUUUUCUUAUCUUUGUUUCUCCUUUUUCCAAAAAAUUAAAAAAUGGUCAACGCAAAUAAAGCUAGGAUUCAAUUAUCCAUCCAUCGCCAAAAAACACUUCUAUUGGAGAGGGGCAUCUUCCUUUUCUUCUCUUGUUCCUUUUUUCCACAAGAAACUACCUGCCAUACAUAGUACCCAAUUAUUUACUUUUUCGACUCCUUUUUUCAAAUUCCUACUCCUUUUUUCAAAUUCCUACUCCUUUUUUCAAAUUCCUACUCCUUUUUUCAUCUAAAAAAAUCAAUCAAUAAAAAGUAAAUAAAAUGCUCCCAUUAAAAAAUAAGAAAAAACCAAACAAACGACCUAAAAUUACAAAGUCGUUUGAAAGUUCGUCUAGUAUUGACUCAGCUCAAAUUUCACAUGAUCAAAUUAUUUGUAUUUCAAAGUGUGUGGUUGAAUUUUUGAAGCCUACUAUCGAACAAAUUGUUCGAUCAAUUAUCCAAGAAAUUAUUCCAAAUUUUAAUAAUACCACAACAACUACAAACAACAGCCAACCUUGGGGAUCACACCCCUUUUCUAACAAUAAUUUCGAACCUCCACUUCAACAUUUUAUUGAUAUUUCAAAUUACAACACUUCACACCAAGAAACCAUAAUUAAUAAAUCAAAAACUGCAGUGGUUGAAAAAUUUCCAGAAUCUGAUGGAGACAACAAUCUUUUACGUGAAAUUGUGAAUGAUUGUGGUCUGGGAGAGGAAUUGGAUGAGAAGGAAAUUCAUCGACAUGCUGGUAAACAAAGGCUCUUCUUUUCAAACGACCAGAAAAUUCAUGGCACAAAUUAA